AUGGCGGACAUGAAUCCCUCAAUUCUCCGUUAUCGUCCAGGGCCAACUCGCGACGUCAUCGGGGACAUGACUUUCGAUCCCCACGGCUUCUUUCCUGCUGGGUGUAGACGGCGUCCUGCGCACUUUGCCCCCGACCAUGGCGUGGUGGACUACCGCCAGCUCGAUCCGGACCAUGUCGAAGCUCUAGCCUCGGCGCUGCUGGAUCAGUUUUUGCACCUCGGCGUCGAGGCGCCCCCGGCCGUGCACGAGAUACUGGACAAGGACAAGCACCCGGAGAUUGACGGCCGCCUGAUCACGGAUCCGCACGAGCUGCUGCACCCCACCGACUCUCUGAACAUGCCCGAUCCCCAGACCGCCGUUAAAGCCACCCCGAAUGCCAAGAGGGAUGUGAUUGACAAGCUGCAGGCUCGUCAACCCAUUCCCUGCCCUUCUACUUGCUUCUCUGAUGUGGACUGUUUUCUUAUUGAAUAUUUUGCUUGCUUCUUCCCGUCUGGGCCCGGAUCUCCUGGGCUUUGCUUCUACCAAUAA